AGUCGUGUAUAAUAGAACCAUUUCAGCAGCAUUCACAUAUAUACAUCUUAUUUAGUAGCACAUAAUAAUGAGUGAAUUAGUAUAAUAGAAUCAUUUCUCAUACACAUUACUUUUCUAAUUUUCUUAGAAUUGUGCAACUUAGAUACAGAAAUUGAAUGAUGCUAUUUUUCUUUCUCCCUGUAAUGUAGAAAUACUGUGGAUCGUUCAUUUGUUGCACCAAUUAUGCUACAAGAUGGCACAAUUAUUGAGGGUAGAUCAAUUACUCCAAGGCACAUGCCAAACAGCUUCUAUCCAUUGGUGCUCGCUCGAGAAGUUGAAUUUCCAGGCAUACCUAUUAGCAAUUCUGGGUUCUGUUUGGACAAAAGCCUUGAUCGUAACAAGGCCAAGGGGAAGAUAGUUGUGUGCAUGAGAGGGGAAGGAGGAAGAAUAAGAAAGGAAUUAGAAGUUGAAAGAGCUGGUGGUGUUGGUUUCAUCCUUGGAAACAAUGAACUACUUGGGAAUGAUCUAUCAAGUGACGUUCACUUCAUUCCUUCCACUCAAGUGUCCUAUCACAUGUCUUGAGACUCAUUCACUACAUCAAUUAUUCUUCUAAUCCAAUGGCAUAUAUGCUUGGACUAACCAGAAUCAUGUUGUAAGAAGCCAAGUUGCAGUGUCUUUUACCUAAUAUUAUUGCCUCUUGUUAAUCAUUUCAAUUGAUUUAUUAUUGGAGGGGCAUGCAUGAUUCAGAUAAGGUACUGCUACUAGAAGCACAAGUUGAUGGUUGUAGCUAUGAUCAUGUGAUAUAUAAUAUAUUAAGAAUUAAGAA